CUCUGCUUCUCGCGAGCACAAAGGUUGGGGGCGCACGGCCAGCAUAUAUACACCGGCGACGUUCGAUCGUUGGCCUCAUAGCAUCUUGGCGUGCGGUGUUCCCGGAGACGCGAGAUGGGCGACUGGAAGAGGAAGUCCAUUGCUGGCGGACCGUCGCCGUCGAUGGGCGACUGGAAAAGGAGGUCCAUUGCUGGCGGACCGUCGCCGGAGACGCCCAACGAAAUCAUCUCCGGCGCCUUGCACCUGGAUUUCUUCUACCGCCCCGGCGCCGCCCGCGUCGCCUUCCCCAUCGGCAGAGCCGAUCAGAACGGUGGCCAAAGGAGGAUGGCGGUGACGCCGCCGGCGACCAUGGCGCCACCGUCGCAGGCGCAGCAAUGCCAACCGGCUGGAACGGCGCCAACAGGAGGGAGCGGGUUGCGCCCUGGUGGCCGCCGGCUCAGAAUCAAGGUCCGGUCGGCUUCUCAGCUACCUCCCCUUCCCGAGGAUCUCGCCUACCUCUUCACCAACGUUGAAUUCUACAGCGAUGACGGCGAGGAGGCCGGCGAGGACGAGGAUGAGGCCAUGUUGUUAUGGAGCAGCGAGGAGGAGGAGGAUGGGGAGACCAUGUCGUCAGGGCGCAGCGAUGAGGAGGGGGAGGAAGAUGGGGAGGACAUGUCGUCAGGGCGCAGCGGGGAGGGGGAGGAUUUGGAGGACAUGUCGUCAGGGCGCAGUGAGGAGGAGGGGGGUGGGGAGGCCAUGUCGUCAGGGCGCAGUGAGGAGGAGGAGGCCGGCCAGGAGGAGAUGGAGGAGGAGGCCGGCCAGGACGAGAUGGAGCAGGAGGCCGGCCAGGAGGAGGCCAUGUUGUCAGGGCACAACGAGGAUGAUCAGGUGGACGUGGACGCCAUGCUGUAUUGCCAUGAAGCAUUUCUGUCACAGAGGGAGGAAGAGGAGGAGGAGCCUGAAGAAGUCCAGGCCAUGUGCGUGCGAUGCGACUCCCUGGAGAGGUUGGUGACGCUCUUACCGUGCAGGCACGCCUCCUACUGCGAACGCUGCUUCGCCAUCGUCGACCGCCGCCAGGGAGCAGGGCGGCUGUGCGCGGUUUGCUGGCAGCCCUAUGCGCGGGGGCACCCUCAGUCCGGAGGUCUGCAGCCCAAGCCGAAGAAGAGCUCCAAGUAAGGCAAGCGCCACUGUCGCCUGUUCGAACGUCGAACUCUGUUCCUGUUUCAGUUCGGGCAGUCUCCUGUUUCAUUCAUCUCGGGUGCAGUAACAGGUCGCCUAAAUCGAUCCCAGUUCUCAUUCUUUUGUGUUUGGUUGAUGGGGAAUUAUACUUGCAGUUUUUCGUUGCUUGUAUGAUGCACAGUUCUCACAUGUGUUGGUACUCCAUCACUUGUGGAGUUAUGGUUGAUUGGUAACUGUGUAAAGUUCUGUUCUAGCUUUUGAUGAAUGCAUAGCAAUUCUGAAUUUCUGAUGA